AUGACAACGUCUCAAUCAACCGAGCUCCCAUACGUCAAUGAGGAGGAUAUUGUAUACUUCCCGACACCCACAAUCACCCAGAGGCAUCACUAUACACCACCUACAAAAUCAGUGCACGUCCUCAAAGCUGGUACAGUCCAGGUGGACGGUCACCGGCCCCUUCUCUCCGACAUCCUUGUUGAGAAUCACGUCGCAAUCACCGUCCGCGAUGGGGCAACUCUCUAUGCCGACGUCUAUAGGCCUGUAGAUUCACCAGAUGGCACCGUCCCCUGCAUUAUCGCUGCGGGUCCUUUCGGUAAAGAUGGAGGGCCGAACAAGUGGCACUUCAAUCAAUGGCCCUGGCGGUUUGGGUGCCCGCGAAUCGCUACAUCUGGUCUAGAGAAGUUCGAAGGUCCGGACCCAGGAUACUGGUGCUACCACGGUUAUGCCAUUGCUCACACUGACUGCCGAGGCGUAUGGGAGUCAGAUGGAGAGAUUGUCCAAAUGCCAACCGAGAAAGAAGGCCAAGAUAACUACGAUAUCAUCGAGUUCCUCGCUGCGCAGGUAUGGUGCAAUGGCAAAGUAUCAAUGGCUGGCAACAGUUAUUUGACUAUGACUCAAUACUAUACCGGAGCGGAGAGGCCGCCUCAUCUUGCUUGUUUGGCUCCCUGGGAAGGCAUAUUUGACUUGUACGACGACCAGGUUUGCAGAGGAGGCAUCCCGAAUCCUGGCUUCAUAGAUGGAAUGUGCCGUGGGGAUAUUGCAUCAGCAAAGGGAAGCAAGGUUAUAGACUUCCAGGCAAUGGCUUACAAGUAUCCAUUGAAGAACAAUUUCUGGAAAAGGUUUCGUCCGGAAGUCGAGAAGAUCGAUUGUCCUAUCUAUAUGGUGUCCAGUUGGACGAACGCUCUGCAUGUGAACGGCACCUUUAGUGCAUGGCAGAAAGUUGGAAGCGCAGAGAAAUGGUUGAGAGUUCACAACUCCCACGAGUGGCCAGAUUUCUAUGACGAGGCCAGUGUGUUGGAUCUACGCCGAUUCUAUGAUCAUUACAUGAAAGGCAUCAACAAUGAUUGGAAAUACACACCUCCAGUCCGAAUGUGUGCCCACAAUCCUGGAGGAUCCGAUAUCAUGAACCGACCAGAAAAAAAAUUUCCUUUGGAACGCCAGGUACCAUUAAAGCUUUUUUUGAAUGCGGGAACUUCGACACUGCAAGAAAGUCCUCUGCUAGCGCCCAGCAACAUUUCUUACGACUCGAGCAAAGAACAAGUUCAAUUCAAAAUGACCGUCCCCUCUUACAUGGAAAUUACAGGCUACAUCAAGCUACGAAUAUGGGUAGAAGCGCAGGGGGCAGACGACAUGGACAUCUUUGCUUCUUUGGCAAAAUACAAUUCUCAGAGUGGAAAAGUUAUGGAAAGUCUGCUAGUCGACGUCGGCAGGCUUUCCGAGAAUUUCGAGCCAGCGCGAAAGGAACUUCUUCGUCGUCAUGCUGCUGAUUCCAAGGACUGCGAUGGGUAUUUUGAUUCAGGUCCAAUGGGUUGCCUUCGGGCGAGUCAUCGAGAGUUGGAUGAGGAGAAAAGUUCUCUGUUCCAUCCAGUUUAUUCUCACGGAAAGAGGCUUUUGCUACAGCCUGGUGAGAUUGUCCCGCUUGAUAUUGCAUUCUGGCCCUAUGGAAUGGUUUGCAAUGCCGGUGAAGAGCUACGGUUGACUAUCUCGGGGCGGAAUAUGAAGGAGCAUCUUCGUCCAAGUGAUUGUCGCCCGGUGCUAUGUAACAAAGGAAAUCAUGUUGUUCAUACUGGAGGUGAAUGGGAUUCGUACUUGCUUCUCCCGUUGGUAUCUGUUUAA